AUGGUAACAACAUUUGGGAUGUCUGAAAUUGGACCAUGGUCGUUGAUGGAUUCAUCGGCACAAAGCGAUGUGAUCAUGAGGAUGAUGGCAAGAAACUCCAUGUCUGAGAAGCUUGCUGAAGACAUUGACUCUGCAGUGAAGAAACUAUCAGACAGUGCAUACGAGAUAGCUCUAAGCCACAUAAGGAACAACCGUGAAGCCAUGGAUAAGCUCGUUGAAGUGCUUCUGGAGAAAGAAACUAUUGGAGGUGAUGAGUUCAGGGCAAUUCUCUCCGAGUUCACUGAGAUCCCGCCGGAAAAUAGAGUUCCUGCCGCAACCACAACAUCAACACCAACACCAGCUUCUGUCUAGCACCGGCCAAGAAACCUUCUAGUAUCCCGGGAUAAAAAUGCUCUUAUCUCUCACACACAGAGUCCAAGGCCAUUAUCUAAGCAACUAGCGUCUCUCAUUCGUCCGCAUCUGCCCAAACUUCGAACAUGUCGUGUCGCAACUUCUCCAUUAACAAAUAUCAACGCUUCCCCUACGAUUUUCUCCCUGUGCGUUUAAGGUGGAAAGAAAAGCGUUAUGGCGAUGAUGGCGAUGACAAUCCGUAACUCGGCUUCACGUCGAACGAUGAUGAGUCGUCCGAUCUUCGGUUCGAGAAGUAUGUCGUCAUGGUGGAAGAACGUGGAGCCUGCUCCCAAAGAUCCGAUCCUCGGAGUAACGGAGGCUUUUCUCGCUGAUCCUAGUCCCGACAAAGUUAACGUUGGUGUGGGAGCAUAUCGUGAUGAUAAUGGGAAGCCUGUUGUCUUGGAUUGUGUUAGAGAAGCUGAACGAAGAAUUGCUGGCACCUCCUUCAUGGAGUACCUUCCUAUGGGAGGGAGUGUGAAAAUGGUGGAGGAAACAUUGAAGCUUGCCUAUGGGGACAACUCUCAAUUUAUCAAAGACAAAAGAAUAGCUGCAGUUCAGUCUCUCUCCGGAACUGGAGCAUGCCGACUCUUUGCUGACUUCCAGAAUCGUUUCUGUCCCGCUUCACAGAUCUACAUCCCUGUUCCAACCUGGUCCAACCACCACAACAUCUGGAGAGAUGCACAAGUCCCUCAAAAGACUUAUCAUUACUAUCAUCCAGAAACCAAGGGUUUGGAUUUCAAAGGAUUGAUGGAUGAUGUGAAGAAUGCUCCGGAAGGCUCCUUCUUCCUUCUUCAUGCUUGUGCUCAUAAUCCUACUGGAGUCGACCCUACAGAGGAACAAUGGAGAGAGAUCUCACAGCUAUUCAAGGCCAAAAAGCAUUUUGCAUUCUUCGAUAUGGCCUAUCAAGGUUUUGCCAGUGGUGAUCCAGCGAGAGAUGCCAAGUCCAUCAGGAUCUUUCUCGAGGAUGGUCAACAUAUUGGAAUUUCUCAGUCCUAUGCCAAAAACAUGGGACUCUACGGCCAGAGAGUCGGAUGUCUCAGCGUGCUUUGUGAAGAUGAAAAGCAAGCCGUAACUGUGAAAAGUCAGUUGCAGCAACUAGCUAGACCAAUGUAUAGUAACCCACCUUUACAUGGAGCUCAAAUAGUCUCAACCAUUCUCGGAGACCCAGAGUUAAAGAGUCUGUGGCUAAAGGAAGUUAAGAUCAUGGCUGAUCGGAUAAUUGGCAUGAGAACUACUUUGAGAGAUAGCCUUGAGAAGUUAGGAUCGCCUUUAUCGUGGGAGCACGUAACCAAGCAGAUUGGAAUGUUCUGCUACAGUGGGCUAACACCAGAACAGGUUGACCGCUUAACAAGCGAAUAUCACAUCUAUAUGACCCGUAAUGGCCGUAUCAGUAUGGCUGGUGUUACAACGGGAAAUGUGGGAUACCUUGCGAAUGUUAUACAUGAAGUCACCAAGUCAUCUUAAAUUAUUUUAUUUACUUAUAUCUCCAGCCAAACAUGAUUUUUUUCUUCUUGUUGACGAGUCAAUAAGACGCAGGAAGCUAUGUUCUCCUUCAAUUGUUUUCGUGGGAACUGAAGGUUUAUCCACAAACAGUAAAAUUCUCAGCGCAUUUUGUUCUUAGCUGCGCAAUAAAAAUAGAAGAAGCAUACAAUCAUGGAAGUGUUGUUGCAUCGAUUUCUUUGAAUAUUUUCAAACAGGCUCCUUAGGGGAGAGAAUAUGAGUUCUU